UCAGUGUGGUGCUCAGAGGUCAGUUUAUAGUGACCUGAUUGUACUUUCUGGUAUUUUUAUCUCCUUUGGUAUCACAUAACAUUCCUGUAACAUUCACAUAACAAUCCUAGAGAGACUUACAUAAUAUAAUAGAGUCAUUUUUGAUCUUUUUCCAUGUCCUGUGGCAUUGUUUCCUGCAACAUUCCCACGGGAAGUAGGGUGUUAAAAAGCAGAAUUUGUUACAGCAUCUGUCCUGAGCAGGCUGACACCAAAUUCCCAGAAGGUUUGGGAAUAUGGAAACACAGCAGUGACUCCUGUGUGUGUGUGUGUGUGUGUGUGUGUGUGUGUCCCGUACACAGAAUGAUGCUGCAGCACCCAGGUCCCUCCCUGGCCGACAUCAGCUGCUCCGCCCUGGUGCCCUGCCUGUCCCCGCCGGGCAGCCUCACCCUGGACGACUUCACCAACUUCACGCCCAUCGUGAAAGAGGAGCUGCGGCUCGCCAUCCAGACCAAGCGGCUGUCCAGCGGCCUCAGCGCCGACAUGAGCUCCGACUCCAGCUCGGACCGGCUCGCCGAGCAAGGCAGCGGGGGCUCCGGGGUCAGGAGAGAGCUGACCCCUGAGGAGCACGACAGGAAGAGGAGGAGGCGAGAGAGGAACAAGAUCGCUGCCGCAAAGUGUCGCAACAAGAAGAAGGAGAAGACAGACUGCCUGCAGAAGGAGUCCGAGAAGCUGGAGAGCGUCAACGCCGAGCUGAAGGCUCAGAUCGAGGCCCUGAAGCAGCAGAAGCAGCAGCUGGUCUACAUGCUCAACCUGCACCGGCCCACCUGCAUCGUCCGCGCCCAGAACGGCCAGACGCCCGAGGACGAGCGCAACCUCUUCAUCCAGCACAUCAAGGAGAGCACGCUGCAGCUGCACAACCUCACCGCCGCCACCACCACCACCUCCACCUCCUCCUCCAUCGCCGCCGUCUCCCUAGCGCCCCCUCUGGACGGAGGACUCCUCACACUCGACCACGUUCACUGUCACGUGCCCACGUCUUGCGGUCAGCUAUGAGCGGCCGUGCAUUUCUUCAGUUUUCUAAGACUUACUAGAUAAACUUUAUAUUGGACACCAACGCUGCCGCCGCCGCCGCUGUAUCCUCAGACUGUUCGAUACGAGGCGCAGCAGCCAGGUAACACCUCACAGUGACAGUAAAAAAAAAACAAAAAAAAACACCCAAGUAAACGCCGCCGUCUGGGAACUCCUCUGUUUCAUUCGCCGUCCACGAAGCUGCUAGAAAGUGGCGCGUGAGGUCACGCCAGAACGUGACCUCGGCACCGCCCACUCCCUGAAAAACGUGGCUGCUGAUUGGAUAGGAAAUCCAGGAAGUGACAGACAACAGACAGCACCGGGACAACACCAUCAUUUUCUUUUCUGUUAAAUGAUUUUUAGGGUUUUAGACUGCAUUGCAAACAGUGGAGGUGUGGGAUGUUACAGCACUAACACGAAAUACAUCCAUUGUAUUUUUUUUUUUGUUGUUGUUGAUUUAUAUUAUUUCAAAUAUAAAAGUGUCUGAUUUUGUACCAAAGCAUGACUUCAAGGUGAUCAAGGCACACGACUUAAUUGUUCACCCACAGACUGUGUGUGUGUAUGUAUGUGUGUGUGUGUGUGUGUGUGUGUAGAUGCAGAUGUGUGCGCAUGUCAUUAAGAGCCACAGCUCCCUUACUUUAACAAGACGUCGUAGUUUUCGGCUCGGUGUAUGAAUACUAGCAUAUGAAAAGUGUAUUUAUUCAGUAACUACUGUAUCGCCUGUUAGUCCACAGACUGUAUCGGCCCUGUCUGCCUCGCCUUUAAAAUGACGCAAACCUCUAAAGGCUGCUGCUAAUACUAACCACUCAGGACCUACGCUGGCUCUCAACGUUCAAUUUGCAGGUAUUUUCUGUCGGGAUUUAUAGAGCUAACGCCUCCAAAAAGUGCGAUCAGAGGUCAGCUCGUCUGUUAUCACGCAGGGAGCUCGGUGAAACUGAUAGUGCGAGGACUUCCUCCUGAGUCGAUUCAAGUUCAAAACAUUAUUGUGCAAUUUUCGUCUGCAGACGGUUAAAUAAUGACCACGCAGGCCUCAGACGUCUGUCAAACCUUUGCCCCGAUAUGGGAAUCCAGAUCCAGCACUUUGGUUUUCCCAGUAGGGAAAAUCCAUGGAGUUUUCACACAAUCAUCAAAACGUUAUUUUGCUCACAAAAAACUAAAUACGGGCAGUUCUGUGAGCGGCUUUGCCCGAUAAAUUUAAAAUCAUUGAAAAAUAGUCAUUUAGCAGCGAUCAUGUCCGUUUCUUUUCCCAAACCUUUUUUUGUAAGCACUGAAAACUUGGCCACUUGUCUUUUAAGAGUUACACUCAUCGUCUUACGUAAAAAAAAAAAAAAAAAAAAGUCCAAAAUCUUUUUUUCAUGUUUUUUUUCUAAAUACAAACAUCCAAAUGUCAUAAAAACAGAGUCCUUUAUCACAUAAGCAAACGAUUUUUUUUAUCCUUAAGUCUAGAAAAUGCUAACGAAUCAGAGACAAGUGACGACAUGACUUCUGGGGCCUUUUCUGAAAGAUUCGUAAAAAAAAAAAAAAAAAAUGCACAGCUGUACGUCCCACAUGAUGUCGCUCACCUCGGCCAAUCCUCUGCCAAGCCAAACAUACAGUACGAUAUUCCAGAAGCAGACGUUAUAGCGCUUGUUACAAGUGAGCGUGCUUCAUUUUUCUACUUAGGUCUUGAAAAAAUCGAGGAUAAAAAAAAAAAGAAAGCUGUUUCAUAAUGUAUUUAUUGCUGAUUGGUUUGGAAGCUGUGCUCACUAGAUCUCAGUAGCUAGCCGCUCCUCCGCCCCGCCCGACUCCGGAGCCAAACUGUGCAGGAUUGUGCAAGAAAACAACUGCACUUUUUUGCAAAUUUCAUCAUCAUCGUCGCCUUCCAGGGUUUCACUCACUGCCAGGCUUUCCUCUGUCUCUGCUCGCUCUGCCAGCCGAUCCACAGGUUUUUUUUUUUUUGUUUUUUUAGUGUGAAAUCAUCUGAUAAUAAAACGGCUUCUUGCACAAACAGAAACCGAGGGAACGCCGACUCGAUCCCAACGUGUCCAUCAAGAGCCGCGUUACCUGCUGGAGCCCGUCAAACUUUCGAAAGAUUGGAAACCCCCGGUCGAUGUCAAAAUGUCAAAAAAGGGAAAUCGUGACGAAGUCGAGUUCUGGUUAAUUUAACACAAACUGUUUAUCCUGCUUCGCUUGGGAGAAAUCCAUCUUAACAUUGACUUUGUGAAUUGGUUUAAAAGGUUAUUUCAAACAGAGGCCUGACGUCUGUCAUGUGUGUGUUUUUUAGUUCCUGCUGAGGAUCAAAGUAAUAUAUUUGUUUAUGUUCGAUCAGUCGAGAGAUGAUAGUUUUAUUUUUUUCUUUUUGUGUGUUUAUUAGAAAUUUGACAGUGACACGGCAAGAGACGCAGGCGUCUGCGUGUGUUCAUGGUGUGUGUGUUGUUGUUUCUUUGCUUGUACCCUGUGCGUUACGCCAUGCCAGUUGUAGCUACUGAUUGCCGAGUUUCUGGAAGACGCCACGCAAAACUACUUUGUCGAUCAAAAACAAACAAACAAAAAAAAAAAGUAUAUUGUGUCAUGUGCACUUCCAGCAGAAAGGUUGAUUUCCUCUGUAGCUGCUGGAUGAAAAGUGUUGCUAGAGACUGUUGGAGCAUCGGAGCUUAAACGAAUAAACUGUAUCAGGUUAAAACUGCACUGCUACUACCGAGGUGUACUUCCAUCUUUGCUAUCUGUCCAUUUUUGUUUUUGAUACUUUGUUAAUUAAACAUACAGUAUGUAUUGUGAA